GAUAAAGACCUGAAACAGUACCUAGAUGAUUGUGGAAACUGCAUUCAUAUGCACAAUGUCAAGCUCUUCCUGUUUCAGCUGUUGCGAGGUCUGAACUACUGUCACAGACGUAAAGUCCUUCACCGAGACCUCAAGCCUCAAAAUCUCCUGAUCAACGACCGCGGGGAGCUAAAGCUGGCUGACUUUGGUCUGGCACGAGCAAAGUCGAUUCCCACCAAGACCUACUCCAAUGAGGUGGUGACCCUUUGGUACCGCCCCCCUGACAUCCUAUUGGGCAGCACAGAUUAUUCCACUCAGAUUGACAUGUGGGGUGUUGGCUGUAUCUUCUACGAGAUGUCUACAGGUCGACCCUUGUUCCCUGGCUCCACGGUGGAAGAGGAGCUGCACUUUAUUUUCAAACUGCUCGGUACGCCCACAGAGGAGACCUGGCCUGGAAUAACCUCUAAUGAGGAAUUCAUCUCCUAUAACUACCCCCGAUACCGUCCUGACUGUCUCCACAACCACACUCCACGAUUGGACAAUGAUGGAGUUGAUCUUCUGUCGAAACUGCUGCAGUUUGAGGGCAAGAAACGGAUCGCAGCAGAGGAAGCCAUGAGACACCCGUACUUCCACUGCCUGGGAGAGAGAACUAUCACACUGCCAGACACUACAUCAAUAUUUGCACUUCAAGAAAUUCAGCUGGAGAAGGAGCCAGGAAUGAGGACGAACUCUCUGUCAGAAUCAGUCAACAGCAUAUCUCAACGGCAGAGUCUGCUCUUCUGAGGGCACGUGUGGACGACGGACGAUACGCAGAGAGGACUAAGACAAGGGAUGUCUGUUUUCAUUCGCUAGUCCUGUGGCAUUAUGUGUUUAGAAGGGGUCGCUGUAGUUGUUUACAUGGAAAGGCUGAGGAUGUUGGUUUGUGUACUUGUUUUCUUUGUUUCCACUGAUGACGCACUCCCCCCAUCCCUGUACACAUCACGAACACGUUCUUCCCGUUUGCUGUACCUUCUCGACGUGGUUGCGUCAAUCCAGCCGCUGUAAUCUACCAAUCAGACGCAGAAUGUUAUUGGAUGACCUGCUUGAGUGCAUAGACUUCAUCCUUUGACUGAAACCAAUCAACCUGUUUUAUUUGCAAUACUUCGCAAUUGUAAUGUAAAAGAAGGCGAGUUUAUGAAGGACCGUGUCAUCAUGAAUGCUGUCAAGAAGAAGCCAAGUUUCUCUAGUCUUCCAGAAUAAUAGUCCUCUUCAUUAGUGUCAUCAGCCCUCCCAUCCAAAGAUGAACAUUUAGUACUAUGCCACCACAAUCGUCAACCUUAAUCGAUCCAUUCAUUUUUUUUGUAUUCAUCAGAACAUUGAUGACAUUGACUUUGCUUUUGUUUGCAUAAUCAUUUCACUUUUAAGUUGUUGUUUACAUGUUUGUUUGCAAUACAGUUUGAUAAUCUAGACUACGGUUUCACCAAA